GUUUCGUUCAUAUCUUCUCCGUUAGUAUCAGUGUUCAGAGACUUUCGACCAAAACAAAACCCUAAUUUGUUCGUCGUCGCAAGCUACUGCGGAUUGGACGUUACGGCCUCCAUAGCAGUGUUCAGGUUUUCCAGGUGAGCAUACAAAUCUUUUUUUUUGGACAUAGUGGAAAUAUUGUGGCUGAAUCGAAUAGCUGCAAUGGACAUGGACUGGUCUGAAUCCAGAUACAAGCGACACAAAGAGAAGGAUGGUGUAGAUGACGAGGAUGGCACAGCAAAAUCAAGUAAGCAUUCUGGUAGAGACAAGGACAGGAGGAAAAGCAGCCGAGGAGAAGACAGGGACACGGAUCAUAGAAAUAAGGACAGAGAACGCACCAAGAGAACUACUGAUGAUAUCGCCAAAGAUGUGGAAAAAGAGCAAGAUGACUAUGUAGAUAAGGAGCGUGGCAAAGAUAGGAGUAGGGAUAGCAAGGCAAAGGAUAAAGAUCAUGAUCGUGACAAGGCUAGAGAGAAGGACCGUGAGCGUGAUAAGGAUAGGAAAGACCGAGGGAAGGAAAAGAGCAGGGAUAGGGAGAGAGAGAAAGAAAGAGAAAGAGUGAAGGAGAAGGAUAGAGAGAAAUAUAAGGAUCGAGAAAAAGAGAGGGAAAUUGAUAAAGAUAGAGAUAGGGAAAAAGCAAGAGACAAGGCUAAGGAGAGGGAAAGAGAAGCGGAUCAUGAUAAGGAAAGGUUGAGAGAGAAAGAUAAGUUGAGCAAAAGAAGCCAUGGCGAAGACUAUGACAGAAGCAAGGAUGAUGUAGUUGAAAUGAGCUAUGAAAAUGACAAGGACAGAGAUGUUUUAAAGCAAGCAAAUGCUUCUUUUGAUGAUGAUCACGAGCAAAAGGUUGAAGGUAUAUCUGGUGGAGGAUAUGCAUCUGCCUUAGAACUUGAGGGGCGCAUUUUGAAGAUGAAAGAAGAAAGAUUAAAGAAAAAUUCAGAAGUUGGCAAUGAGGUUUUAGCAUGGGUUAAUAGGAGUCGUAAGCUUGAGGAGAAAAAGAGUGCCGAAAAGGAGAAAGCCAAGCAGCUUUCAAAGAUUUUUGAGGAGCAGGACAAUAUUGUUCAAGGAGAAACUGAAGAUGAGGAGGGAACUGAGCAUGCUACUCAUGAUCUAGCUGGAGUUAAAGUUCUUCAUGGCAUUGAAAAGGUAAUGGAAGGUGGAGCAGUUGUCUUGACACUCAAAGACCAGAGCAUACUUGCAGAUGGCAGCAUUAAUGAAGAGGUUGACAUGCUUGAAAAUGUGGAAAUUGGAGAGCAGAAGCGCCGGGAUGAGGCUUAUAAGGCUGCAAAGAAAAAGACAGGGAUAUAUGAUGAUAAGUUCAAUGACAAUCCUGCUUCAGAGAAGAAAAUCCUUCCACAAUAUGAUGAUUCAACUACGGAUGAGGGAGUAACUCUUGAUGAAAGGGGACGGUUCACUGGUGAAGCUGAGAAAAAAUUGGAAGAGCUCCGUAGAAGGUUACAAGGUUCUUCCACAAAUAAUCGCUUUGAAGAUCUAAAUGCCUCUGGAAAAAUCUCAUCAGAUUACUAUACGCAAGAAGAGAUGCUUCAAUUUAAGAAGCCCAAGAAAAAAAAGUCCUUGCGGAAAAAGGAGAAAUUGGAUAUAAAUGCCCUUGAAGCAGAAGCUGUCUCUGCAGGAUUGGGUGUUGGAGAUCUUGGUUCUCGAAAUGAUGGGAGAAGGCAGGCAAUUAGGGAGGAACGAGAGAGAUCUGAAGCAGAAAUGAGAAGUAAUGCAUAUCAGUCUGCGUAUGCUAAAGCAGAUGAGGCUUCUAAAUCGCUGCGACUGGAGCAAACUCUUACUGCUAAAGUCGAUGAAGAUGAAAAUCCAGUGUUUGCAGAUGAUGAUGAGGAUCUUUAUAAAUCCUUAGAAAGAGCUAGGAAAUUAGCUCUCAAAAAGCAAGAGGAAGCAUCUGGUCCUCAAGCAAUUGCUCGCCUAGCUGUCAACGCCACCACAAGCAGUCACGUUGCAGAUGAUAACCUUACAACUGCUGAGUCACAAGAAAACAAGAUUGUCUUUACAGAGAUGGAAGAGUUUGUGUGGGGUCUCCAACUGGAUGAAGAGGCCCAUAAGCCUGACAGCGAUGAUGUUUUCAUGGAUGAGGAUGAAGCACCUCCAAGAACUUCUGAACAAGAAAGAAAAGAUGAAGCUGGUGGAUGGACAGAAGUUAAAGAUACUGAUAAUGAUGAAAACCCUGUCAAUGAGAAUCAGGAGGAUAUAGUUCCAGAUGCAACCAUUCAUGAAGUUCCAGUUGGUAAAGGACUGUCUGGUGCAUUGAAUUUGCUCAAAGAGCGAGGAACACUUAAAGAAAGUAUUGAAUGGGGUGGUAGAAACAUGGACAAGAAAAAGAGUAAACUUGUUGGUAUAGUAGAUAAUGAUGUUGACAAUGACAAAUUUAAGGACAUUCGAAUUGAGAGGACCGAUGAAUUUGGGCGAAUUAUAACUCCCAAAGAGGCCUUUAGGAUGAUUUCUCAUAAAUUCCAUGGAAAAGGGCCUGGCAAAAUGAAGCAAGAAAAGCGCAUGAAGCAAUAUCAGGAAGAACUGAAGUUGAAGCAAAUGAAGAAUUCAGAUACACCAUCAUUGUCUGUUGAGCGGAUGAGGGAAGCCCAGGCUCAGUUGAAAACACCUUACCUCGUCCUUAGCGGUCAUGUGAAGCCAGGGCAAACAAGUGAUCCCAGAAGUGGUUUUGCAACUGUUGAGAAGGAUCUUCCAGGGGGCCUAACACCCAUGCUUGGUGACAAAAAGGUUGAGCACUUUUUGGGAAUAAAACGCCAGGCUGAGCCUGGGAACUCCGGCACACCAAAGAAGCCUAGAACUUGAGGGGGCCAUGGAAAUUUUGUACUGUUAUGUAGGUGAGAUUGAAGUUGUUCGGAAAACAAUUGAUAAUGAACUUAAUCAGUAUAUUUGACGCUGAAACUGUAGCAUCCUAUCCUAUUGUGACAUAGCAAAAGCACUGGCCUGGUUGUGUGAUGGAAAUUUUUUUACUAUCUGUUUGUGCUUCUUGCCUAAUGAUGAACUCGGCAGUUUGUAAGGUGGAAAUUGUGAAUGAUAAAUUCUUUAAUAAUUUUGAUUAAA